AUGGAAGAGAAAUGGUCGUAUUUCAGUUUGAAGCCACAUUUAAGGAAUCUGCGCUACGGUGGUUACUGUGCAUUAGAUCCCAGUACACCACCUAGACGUUUCUAUGCACACAAAAUAUUUUACAUUGCUUUAUUUUAUUACUACAUCCAGAUUUCUCAGAUAGCAUUUAAUAUAACAACGCUUGAUGCAUUUAUAACAUUCUUUAUACAUCAAUGUACAACGCAAUUGAAUAUUUUAAGAUAUGACUUGGAAAAUUUUGUGGACGGCUGUAAAAUGAAAUCAACUGAAUCUAAAAUACCUUUAAUGCAAGUCUAUGAUGUUAAGUUCAGAAACAUGGCAUUACAUUUGAUUGAUAAAACGUCAUUAGCUUGUUUUACAAUCAUACUAUUUUUGAUAUGCAUUUUAGCGGAAUUAUUCUUGUUUUGCUUCUAUGGUAGUAAACUAAGUGACGCGAGUGAAAAGUUAAUGGAUUCAGCGUAUUUUUUGGACUGGGUAGAAAUACCAAUGAAAUAUAGAAGGAAUCUAAUGUUAUUUAUGGAAAUGAUAAAGAAGCCGAUCAUGCCUACGGCGGGAUCUAUAGCGCCGCUUUCAAACACUACUUUUGUUUCAAUUGUCAAAAGUUCUUACUCUUUUUACGCCUUUCUAAAAAAUACGGAAAAUUAA